AUGAACUUCAGACUCUCAUCAUUGAUCCUGCUGUUACACAUUCAAGGGUCCUUAACAUUGAAUAACUUUAAUGUAACCUGUAAUAAACUGAAUAUUUGUGCUGCGAGAGGGAAUGGGAUAACAGUGAGGUGCUCUUACUCAAACAUCAACAUCACAACUGGGUUCUGGUUCAGUCAGAAACAGAGAACAAACUGGAGAAACAAAGAUGAACCUGAAGAUUUGACUUUAGAUUCAGAUUACUCAGGACGAGUGGAUCAGAGGAUCACUAAAAACAACUCACGACUAACAAUAAGAGAUCCGAGAGAGAAAGACAGUGGAGAAUAUCAGCUCAUGAUCAUUAUGAAGGAUGGAGUUAAACAUCUCAGCUCAGUCACAGUCAAUCUAACAGUUUCAGGUGUACAGGUAAAGAUGACUCCUGAAUCUACAGGACAGCGAGUAAAACUGAGCUGUGAUUCCUCCUGCCCUUUAACAUCUGAAUAUAAUUACUACUGGUACAAGAAUGGACAACAUUUAACAUUUGACCAAAGCAUAUUUGUGUCAUCCAGUGAAAACACUGACAGUUAUUACUGCUCUGUGUCUUUUUCAUCACCCUCUUCAUCUGUGUGUCUUUCUAACAGUAGCUGUUGGGGUGUAACUUACACCUCUAGAAGAGUUUGUGCUUUAGUGGGAUCAACAGUAAAUAUUCACUCUUCAUACUCACAUCCCACUGGAUAUACAGUAGAGAAAACAUACUGGGAUUACUAUCAUUAUCUUCAUGGGGAACUCAGUGAUCUGCAUGAGGAUCAUCAGUUUGCUGGUCGUGUGGAGUUUCUGGGAAACACACUGAGAAUCAAAGACGUCAGCAUGAGUGAUUCUGGAGAUUAUCAGUUCAGGUUCAUCACUAACACAUUAGAUGUAGUUUCUGGUUCUUCUGGAGUCUAUCUUACUGUUACAGAUACACAAGUGAGAAGCAGUCCAGACCCUGUGAUAGAUGGAGAAAAAGUGAUAUUAAGCUGUUCAACCGGAUGCACUCUGGAUAACAAACAUACUUACAUCUGGUAUAAGAAUGGACAACAGGUAACAGAUGGAUUGACAUUAUUAAACAAGUUGUACCUGGACUCAAUCAACAGUGAGGAGCUACAAGAGUAUUCCUGUACUGUAAGAGAUACAAUAGACACAACAAAUGAAGCAGUGGACAGCUCAGUGUUUCUCUCUCUGUUGAUGUUUCUGCCUCAGUUUCUCAUCAUUGAAGCUCUGUGGAUGUGAUGUUGCAGGUCUGUGAGUAGAUCAGCUGUCUGUCCAUCAGAACUACUGGAGUGAUGUCACAACUCUCUUUAUGACAUCAUCACCUAGCAACAGUCUCUCAGCAGUGACAUCAGUGAUGCAGUGAUGUCACAUACAGUGAUAUAUUAAUGACAGCUCAGUGUAAAUAAUAUAAUGUUCAAAUACAUGAAUUAUUCAUUGAAGUAUUGAGUUUAUUAUUCAUCAGUCUUGUGUCAGUGUCAGAUCAACUGUAACAUCACAAUGCAUAAAUCCUGUAAAAACUUUGCUAUAGUGCAUCUUUAUGUAGAUGAUACUGUGAUCUACUUUCAUCUUCACUAUAAGUCAGUCUUUUAUUGAACUCAAUGCUGUUUUUAGUUAGGUUAGGAUUUUAUUACAGUGCUGUGCUUUAAUCUUGUAGUUAGGAAAGAAUUUGUUCAGUUUAUUUUAAAAUGUUUUGGACUAUGAGGACAUUAUUUACAUGCAUGCUGCUUUCACUGCAUGGGAAUUACCUGCAUUAUCAUGGGAAAGUUUAAAGCGCUUAUUAAAAGUUCGAAGCUUAUAAAGUUUAUCUGUUAUAAGAGUGUUUUAUUGCUAUUCUCAAGCUGGAUUUUGUAUAAAUACAUUUACAUAACAUUUCAGUAUUUACAAAUAGUAUUAAAAGUCCUUUAUAUUAGUGAAUUUUAACUUUGAUAUCUAUUUGUAUUGUUUUUAAUUUCAUCUUUGUGUAAUAAUGUGUCUUCUCUGCAAGGUUUUACUCAAAAAGAGU